AUGGCUGACCCUACUACACCACCCCCUACUGUAGAGGAUCUUGCUAAGAAAAUAGAAGACAUAGAGCAUCAAGGAGAUGUUGCUUGGGUUCUCAUGUCAACCGCUCUAGUAUUUCUCAUGAUUCCUGGUGUUGGAUAUUUCUAUUCUGGAAUGGCAAGGAGUAAAAAUGCUUUAUCCCUAAUCAUGCUUAGCUGUUUGUCCGUCGCUGUUGUUAUGGUUCAGUGGUGGGCCAUUGGAUUUAGUUUAGCAUUCGGAGAAAGCAAAAGUCAUUUCAUCGGAAACUUACAACAUGCCUUCUUCAUGGGUGUCGGAAAAGAACCACUAAACGGUGUUGUUAACCUUCCAGGAAUUGUUUUUGCCUUAUAUCAAGGAAUGUUUGCAGGCAUCACUCCCGCUCUAGCUAUUGGAUCGGCCGCAGAAAGAGGACGUAUUGUACCUGCAAUCUUAUUCAUCUUUAUCUGGUCAACAUUAGUAUAUGACCCAAUCGCUUGUUGGACUUGGAACGUUGAAGGAUGGUCUGCAAAGAUGGGAGGAUUAGAUUUCGCAGGAGGAACGCCCGUCCAUAUUGCUUCCGGGGCUGCAGCCCUUGCUUAUUGUAUUAUUCUUGGAAAGAGGCAUGCUUAUGGAGCUAACGCACGUGCCGGCAUGGCCGCAACCGUCACAUCUUUGUCAGCAGCUGUUGGUGGUUUAACUUGGGUUUUAAUGGAUUAUAGACUCGAAAGAAAAUUGUCGGCUCUUGGUUUCUGUUCCGGAGCUGUUGCAGGACUUGUGUCGAUCACUCCAGGUUCAGGUUUUGUUGGUCCUGCACCUGCCGUCGCUUUUGGAUUCUUGGGUGGUUUUUGUUGCAACUUUGCUGUCAAAAUAAAGCAUAUCUUUGAUUUUGAUGACGCAUUGGAUGUUUUCGCUGUUCAUGGCGUUGGUGGUAUCGUUGGAAAUCUUCUCACUGGUAUUUUCGCUCAACAAUCCGUCAUUAUUCUUGAUGGUCAAGAAUUACCCGGAGGUUGGUUAAAUGGAAAUUGGGUUCAAUUAGGUUAUCAAGCUGCUGAUUCGUUGGCUGGAUUGCUUUACUCUUUUGUUGUGACAUUUAUAAUCUUAUUUUUGAUGGACAAAGUCCCUGGACUUUCUCUUCGAGCUGAUCCAGAAUCAGAAGCCAGAGGGUUGGAUGAAACUGAAUUGGGAGAAUUAGCUUAUUAUCAUGUCGACAGGCUUAUUUCUGUAAAUACUCGGACCGGUGAAACAAAAACGGUCAAAGAAGAGACGAUUCAUCAACAAAAUGACACAAAUGCAACAAUUGUAUAG